AUGCCCCUCUUCGGUCCUCAUAGGACCCCAUGGUUUCGAAAAGAAAAAUCUCGUGAUCGAUGUCGAAACACGGAAAUCCCCCACAUUGCCCCGCAAGACUUGACCGAGCAGCACGACAUCCUCGACGCGGAGGAGGAAGACGCUUUGGCCACAGCGGACGUCAUGGCGUGGGUAAGAACGUUCUGCGGCUGCAUUUCCACCAGGAAGGGGGUCAUCGUCAUCGCGACCCUUGCCCUCACUCUCUCCAUCCCGGUUUUGAUCUCUAUCGGCCGUGACUUUCGACGCAUCUCUUCGCAUCAACCAGACUACACUGGUGCUCUUCGGGCCUACAGGAAGAUCCUGAUCACUGCCAUCAUUCUGAUCGUGUUAUACGCCAUGAGCUCCUUGAUUCUGAUUCUUGCUGCGCAGAAGAACGUGAGGAUGAUGCACGUACCAUGGAUCCUCGUUCAUCCCGUGAUCACGGUCGGUCUCGUGACUCUCAUGUGUUACGUUGCGGCCUUGCUCGGGCGGAACACGGCCCCGGUCAAUCAGGUGAACGCAGUGCAGAUCGUCUUCUCCAUCUUCGUCUGCCUCUGGAUCAUGACUUACCUCUGGGUGGUGGUGGUGAGCAACUACCAGAAGCUGAGCAAGCAAGAAGAUGGAGAUGACGCCCCCCUGGUCGAGAUCAACGCCUGGCCACGUCAGAAGGGGCUUCGUCGCGAGGGCAAGAUGAAGAGGAGAUCAUGGAAGCAGAACAGCUUGGUCGUCCCCGCCCCGAUCGGCCCCCAGCCUCCGUCACCUGCUGUUUACGACCUCGCGGAGGCGCUGGGGUUGUGA